CCACGUUACCGCUACGCCAGAGAGGCCAUCUUGAAUCAAAUCCGGACACCAUUUUCCAGCCUUUUACCACAUUGAUUCACAUUCAAUGGAUUUCAAUGCAUAAUCAAGCCCAUCAUCUCAGCAACUCGACCACCAUGACUUCCAUGGACGGGAGAGAACGACGUUUUCCUUUUGAACAAGGCAUCACCGGAUCACACGAAAAGGGGCAGACGACGAAGUGGCAGGUGAAUUCCAUCGUGGAAAAGCAAGACCCGCGAUAGCCACAGCCAGAGAUCGAUCCCACCGCUCAUACGGUGGCAUGCAAGAACCUAAGAAGAGCUACGGCAGAUCAACCUGCGCCUGAUACGGCUGCACACCACCUGGCACCCACCCCCGCGAUCCGGCCAGUCGUCAGUGCUUGCUGACCUCCGCGGCCAUAAGUAGAAGCCUCGCUCUCUUGAUUCUCGGAAGGGAUCAAAAGGGUUGGUAGAGGAGUGUUAUUGUACAGGCAGUCGUCUCUUCUGGUUGGCCUGCUCGCUUCUUCCAAAUCGUCCCUUUUCUUGUCCUUGCGGCUUAGCGUGCGCCAUGCGCCUCAGGUUUUUUAAUGGAGGUUUCGGACUCCUUUUCUACCGCGUGGUGAAGGACGGAGAGCCGGGCCAGGACACGAGUUGGUAGUUGUUCACUUGUUCUUGCGAGAAGCUACAAGAAGGGACGGAGCUUGCGUGGCUUGCUUCCGCUGCUCUGCGCUACUCCAAAGUCCAAGCCGAGUGAUCCUGCCAAAACGGGAUUUGCCUGCUGCUGCUGGUGCCAAGAUCUUCUCUUCUCCGCUCCCGAUUCGACGUCCGUGCUGCUGCGGGGUGGCGCGCCAGCAGCGCAUGGGCGCGGCGAGGGUGGCAACUUGCGCGCCUGGCGGUUGGCAGUUGGGCAACGUGACUCGCGCGUGAGCGGAGCGGGCGGCGGGGAGAGGCGGAGGAAGGACGGGAAUGGACGCGGAGAGCGGCGGCGGCGCGGCGCGCAGGAAGGUGAGUAGGCCGUGGAGCGCGGAGCUGCUGCUGGCGUACCAGAGCCUCGGGGUGGUGUACGGCGACGUGGCGACGUCGCCGCUGUACGUGUUCAAGAGCGCCUUCGCCGGCGGGGACAUUGAGCAUUCGGCGGGGAACGAGGAGAUCUACGGCGUGCUCUCCCUCGUCUUCUGGACGUUGACCCUGAUCCCGCUCCUCAAGUACGUCCUCGUCGUGCUCCGCGCCGACGACCACGGCGAGGGCGGCACCUUCGCGCUCUACUCCCUCAUAUGCCGCCGCGUACGCGCGGGGCUCCUCCCCGACGGCGAGGACCUCGCGGGCCGGCGCGAGGGCGGCGCGGCGCCGCCCGCGCCACUCUCGGCCGUGCGCGCCGCGCUGGAGCGGCACCGGGUCCUGCAGAGGAUGCUGCUGCUGCUCGCUCUGCUCGGGACCUGCAUGGUCAUCGGCGACGGCGUGCUCACCCCUGCCGUCUCUGUGUUCUCCGCGGUUUCCGGGCUGGAGCUGGAGCUGGACAAUGAGCAGCACGAAUAUAUAUUGCUACCGGUGACAUGCGCUAUAUUGGUGGGCUUAUUCACCUUGCAACACUAUGGGACGCACAGGGUCGGCUUUCUUUUCGCGCCUAUCGUUUGCUUGUGGCUUCUCUGCAUCAGCAUCAUAGGGCUCUACAACAUCAUCCACUGGAAUCCCCAUGUGUACCGAGCUCUUUCGCCAUACUACAUGUACAAGUUUCUCCAGAAGACUCAGACAGGUGGCUGGAUGUCGCUGGGUGGGAUCCUUCUGUGCGUAACUGGUUCUGAAGCUAUGUAUGCGGACCUUGGACAUUUCUCUCAGUCUUCAAUCAAGAUAGCUUUCACAUCUUUAGUUUACCCAGCUUUGAUACUGGCAUAUAUGGGACAAGCGGCAUACAUUUCAAGACAUCACAAUUUUGAGAAUAUUAAUCAUAUUGGAUUUUACGUAUCAGUCCCAGAAAAAAUCAGAUGGCCUGUUCUGGUGAUUGCAAUACUCGCAGCCGUUGUUGGGAGUCAAGCAGUUAUUACUGGCACAUUCUCAAUUAUCAAACAGUGCUGUUCCUUAAGUUGCUUCCCAAGGGUGAAGAUUGUGCAUACAUCCUCUACAGUACAUGGUCAGAUAUACAUACCAGAAAUCAAUUGGAUCUUGAUGAUACUAUGCCUGGCUGUUACUAUAGGCUUCAGAGAUACAAAGCACUUGACAAAUGCACAAGGUCUGGCAGUCAUAACUGUUAUGCUGGUCACUACUUGCUUGAUGUCACUGGUUAUUGUUCUUUGCUGGAAUAAGAGCAUAUUGUUUUCUCUCGCGUUCCUUCUAUUCUUUGGUGCAAUUGAAGUUCUUUACUUCUCUGCAUCCCUUGUGAAAUUUCGGGAAGGGGCUUGGGUACCCGUCAUGCUUUCCUUAUUUUUCAUGAUAAUGAUGUGCGUGUGGCAUUAUGGUACCAUAAAGAAGUAUGAGUUUGAUGUCGAAAACAAGGUCUCUAUAAGUUGGCUCUUGAAUCUCGGCCCUUCCUUGGGGAUUGUUCGGGUCCGAGGUAUUGGUCUGAUACAUACAGAGCUUAUGUCUGGGAUUCCAGCCAUCUUCUCUCACUUUGUCACCAACCUGCCAGCAUUUCAUCAGGUUCUGGUCUUUCUUUGCAUUAAAUCAGUGCCUAUACCACAUAUCCGACCGGAGGAGCGUUUUUGGGUUGGCCGCGUUGGCCCAAAACAGUAUCGUCUAUACAGGGUGGUUGUUCGAUAUGGAUACCGUGAUGUGCCGAAGGACGACAUAGAGUUUGAGAAGGACCUAGUCUGCAGCAUUGCAGAAUUCAUCCGCUGCGGCGACUCUGACGACCAAAAUGGCUUUCUGGACGGUGCCACAGACCAUACCUGUGAGAGGCUGUCUUCCAUCAGUAAAGGUCUACCAUUUCAGGAGGAGGAUGGCAGUGAGAUCAAUGGAUCAGAUUCAUCUAUACUAUCCACAGACAAGGAGAUGUACCAAAACACGAUAGGACCGAAGGCGAAGAGGGUGAGGUUUGUGCUCCCGAAGGAUGCGCAGAUCGACAGCGAGGUCCGCAGUGAGCUGCAGGAGCUGACAGAUGCUAGAGAGGCAGGCAUGUCCUUCAUCACGGGGCGUGCGCACAUGAAGGCGAAAAGCGGGUCUGGUCUGGUGAAGAAGAUCGCGAUAAACUACAUUUACGAGUUCCUGAGAAGGAACAGCCGAGGUUCUGUCUCUGCUGCCAACAUACCUCAUGCUUCGACCCUCGAGGUAGGGAUGGUGUGCCAGGUCUGAUACGAUGUCACUGUCAUGCUCUGUUGUUCAUAUGCCGUGUAUAUAUAUAUGUAGUACUGUAUAUCCUAACGAAAGAUGUAGAAAGGAUUGAUGAAGCAGGACACCCUUGGCCAGAACUGCAUAUGAGAAUUGUGCAUAGUUUUCGCUACGACACCGUGUUGAGUUGAUCUUUAUUUUGUACCAUUAUCGUCGUCGGUGUUGUAUAUUGAUCGUUGAGCUGGGGAUAUAGCAUUUUUUUGUGCACGAGUUUGGUGUUUACGCUGUUUUAGAACCUUAAUAAAUUAUGUGCUGAAA